AUGCUCGAGCGCGUGGUGAAAGCUUCUCUCGCGAGACCUGCAGCGUCACUAUAUGGCCUACACACAGGAUUCAGCAUACCAGCCCUGGACCACUCACAACUCCGCCAUGCCACGACUUCAUCACUACCGAACAGCUCCGCGGCCAGCAAGAGGAAGGCAGUGACAGUGAUCAAUGAUACCGGCAGGGUGCCGUGGGAGAAUCUCUCGACGGGCGAAAAGGCUGCACGAGCAACGCAACAGACCUUCAACUUCGGCUUGGUCGCGCUGGGCGUGGUGCUGACUGGAGGCAUUGCUACCGUCCUGUACUUGGAGGUCUUCUCGCCAGACAGCAAGACGGCAUACUUCAACAGCGCAGCCGACCGUGUAAGAUCCGAUCCGAAGUGCCGCGAACUGCUGGCUGGAGAAGGCAGCCACAGCAAGAGAGAGAUCAGUGCUUACGGAGAGCCAAGUUGGAGCCGAUGGGCGCGCAACAGAACGAUCGCUAGCCGCUUUGAGACGGAUAGGGCGGGAGUCGAGCAUUUGCAUAUGCACUUCUACGUGGAAGGUCCAGUUGCGAAGGGUACGGUGAACCUGCAUAUGACGAGAAAGGACGGAGGGGAUUUCCAGUACGAGAUGCUUGCGCUGGACGUGCCAGGACAGCAGAGAUACUACUUGGAAGAUGCGAACUCGUGGAAGCUCGGGAAACAGAAGGCAGGGAAGAUGUUCGGCGUGAACUGGAAUCGAUGA